UGAUUAGCAGCGUGAUGUGAUUCGCCCAGGGAAAAAGACGUCACGUAUUCAAAGCUCUACUAGCUGUUUUUCAUGUUUUAGAAUAAACGAAGUACCAAACCGUCGUGCAACACUAGUGCUACGGUUAACUUUAGCGAGCUUCAAAGUGACUUUCUGAGUAGGAAGUCCUAAAGUUGAUGGGCGGACUCUUCGGGGGUUUUUUUUCCCCCUAGUUAGAUGCUGUAAACACCAAUUUAAAGGUUUAGUCAAACUCAGCAUAUAUUGUUCACUCACCACCAAACAAAACUGUUAAAUAAAAGAUAUAAGGGGAAAAAAAAAAACUUUUUUCCAGUGGAAACAUGAAAACGUGCUGUGAGCCAAUCAGAUUCAGGCACCUUUCAAGAUCCUGAAGCCUGUGGCCUGAAAAGUGCACAAAAGAAAUCUGAGAGUGGGAAGAGAAGAAAACAGGAAGUAGCGGUAAAUGAAAGCGCAUGUUUUGAUCGGGAGAAGACGAUACCAAACCACUAAUUACGUUAGUUUGUGGUUAUGGAAACAUGUUUAUAUCCUGCUUAUAGCAAAACAUUAGCUUGCUUAUAUAAAUUAUAUUUAAAAAUAUAUGUAUAAAACUGCAGACAAUUUUAAAAAAUAAAGAAAGUUGCGUUAUCUCUGCUACACAGAUGUUAUGUAUUUCCGCUAUUUGAUUUAAAAAGUUACACGUCAUUUGUGUAGCUUGUACUUUGUCUCAUUUGGGCAACUGCUAUAGUUGUUGCUUGUGGGCGUGGCCUGUCUAGGGAAAUUUUUUUUUUAGUUGAGAUGAGAAAUGGUAGUAACUAAAGGAUUUAUACACCCCGUUUUCAUUUACAAAAAUGUUUGAUUUAUAUGUUACAUGCUCAGCUUCGUUUUAGGUUCGUUGUCAGGUUUGAUUAGCAAAGCGACGUUAACUGUACUAGCUACGAACUCUCAAAAGAGGCACAGAUGAUCUCAGCUACUUUAUUUCCAAGCUUUAUUUUAUUUCUGUACACUUUUAAUGAGAGGUUCGUAUAUGACACGAUAAAAAAACAGGAAACUGGAACUAAUUGCAAGUUGUGAGCGGGGAACUGAAAAAACGUCGGACCACUCGCGCCAUACGAUUGUUCCGAGGAACCAUUUUAGCCAAUCAUAUGGAUACCUGACCUUAUAUGGUCAUACCUAAAAUGCAUAGAACUGGGAAAAUCUUAAUUUAAACAACGCUGUUGCUUCGCUGUGCUUUUCCCCGCUGCCGUCACCUCUGGCUUGCUCGGCAGGAAUCGAAAUCUAUACCCAGAUUCCUGUAAAGCUGCUUUGUGACAAAGUUUAUUGAACUAAAUUAAAUAUGCAACUUCAUUAAAACACUGCAGCGCUGUUACUACACCACUCAUCAGACGUAUUUCCCCUCCUUUUCUCAGCUCGUUUUGGUUUCUUUUGUCCCUCACGUCCCCACGGUGAACCCAUCUCUCCCUCCUCCCUCUCAUGUGACACUGAAACAGCACAGCAUUGCUCCAUCACCGGCAGAAAAUAAAAGAUCUGCCAAGUGAAACCGUCACGCAACUGUUAAUAGAUACAUAACCUCAACCAGCCCGCGACAGAGCCGAGGUAUGUAACACCCUGCGAGCAUUUCAGGCGUUCGCUGGGGCAGAGUGGACACUAUUGUUUACACAAAGUGGAAUCGGAAGGAAUCUUUCCUACCCUAAAUGGGGUCUCGGUGCUAAACGGUAAACCUAAGAGACGUGAAAACGCUACGUUAACUUACAGAUCCCAUUUGUGUUUCUUGUCUUAGAAGCAAAACUGACUCAAACAAAGUACUUGUUAAUGUUUGCAGGUUGCUUUACUGAUUAAUACGUGUCAUUUCUAUGGCUUGUCAAUCAAAUAAGCCACACCCCUAAUUCGUGUGAUGACUUGUCACAUGACCGAGUUCAAGCGAGAGGCGUGAUUUCUUUCCGUAUGUUGACGUAUUUCCUUUCGAAACAGGAAGUCGGAGUGAUGGUACGUGAAAGUGCUUCGCUUGAUUAACACAACAGCCAAUAAGGUUUGAGAUACGCCAGGCCACGCCCCCGUCCAAUCUAAACAAACACGGCAGUAGCUUAAAUACGAAGAACCGUGAAAAGUUUAAGGAGGACAAUAUCGUAGACAACGGGAUGCCAUGUGUUUGAGACGAGGUCCACGGUCGGCAGCGCCAAUGAUGACGAAAAGCCGCAGGUGUGCCACCGUCUGAGUGGUAAAUAAAUUAAUAUUAGAGAAGGAGAAGGCGGUUUGACAUAGUGACAGCCUCAACUUGGUAAAAUACUCCUCUGGAAAAAGUUACAUAACCACCAACUCACACAAACUCCGCCCUCUUCCAAAUAAAUAAACUCCAAACUUUUAACCACCACCAAGCAAUGGAUUGAAAAAAAGAGACGCCAUUUUGUUUGCACGCUGACAAACAAUAAAAACGAAGCAUUGAAUCGUUUUACUGCUAAGAAGCUGCUACUAUAGAGCAAGACACGCCCCCGGGGGCGGGACAUACACAUUCUAGAGAGCGUAUUGGACGAACACAAGACUAGUACAGGAUGAGUCAUCAAAAAUGUAGUCAGAAGUCUUCUGUGUGUGUGUGUGUGUGUGUGGGUGGGUGUGUGUGUGUGUGUGUGCGUGGCAAUGCCAGAGAUGAGGAACCAGAACUAUCCCGAGCCUGAAAGGAGAGAGCGAGACAGAGACUACAGGAGAGACAGAGACUACAAGAGAGACAGAGACUACAGGAGAGACAGAGGAAAUGAGUUGUACAGGGAGGACAGGAGCACGGGUCAUCGUUACGAAGACAGAACAAGGAACUACAGAGAACCUGAUCAGGAAGUAUAUACACCUUAUGACUCAACAAAUGAAGAAGCUCUUUACAACCUAAAGUAUAUUGUCACAUCCAGAGGCCUUUGCCAGGUUGUGCAGUUUUUUGUGAAUCUGCUGAUCGUGAUCUGCGCUGGCGUUCCGUACAGCAACCCGGGUCGAUACCGGGACCUGGCCAGCCUGGGUGGACUGUACUACUACUACUACGGCGGGGCGCAGGCGUUCACGACGCAGGAGGCGGCGAAAGUAAACGAGCUUGACGAUCUUUUCUACAAGCUCAAGCUCCCUACGUAUAUUUUCAGCAUGGCAUGCGGUGGAGCGCUGAUGGUUUACGCUUUAGUCACGCUGGCACUCGGGGUGUUCCGCGUGACCUACCGCUACCCCGCCGUGCUCCUGCCCGAGGCCGUGCUGGACGGACUGAUAAGCCUGGGGUAUAUCCCUGCCGUGGCCUUUUACUUCAUCAAACUCAAGGAGACGUACAGCAACCCGAUCUGCAAGCAGAGAGAGGAAAUGUACAUGAGCAAAGGCAUCAAGGGUUAUGAGUGCAGUCUGAGUGGGACGGACAUCGCAGGAGGGUUCUUCGGCGUGAUGGGCGUCUUCGUGUUCAUGCUAAGUGCGGUACUCGCUGUGAGAGCGUUCAGAGCCGUCAGACGGAUGAAGCAGCAGAGGGAGGCAGAGAAUAACAGCUUCUAGACUUCUGAACACUACUGCUGUAAUUAUUGCUGCGUCUAGUCGAGGAGCAAGUGCAGGAGAUUACUGGAUCAUGUUACCUGGGAACAUUUUUUACUCUAUUAGCUCUAUUAUGCAUGCUUGUUUAAACUGUUCCUUUACUGUGAAUGUCAAUUUCUGACCUCCGAAGGACAUGACUACUCUAUAUCAAAUCUUUAAAGUUUUUUAAGGGAUUUUUAAGGCACUACACUUUUUAUAUAUAUUUUUUCAAUAAACAUUAACGUGUUAA